CGCUCUCUGCUUUUUCCUCCGACCUUUUCUCUUCCCGCUCUCGGUGGUGACGCUCCUUGGUGCACCGGAAUCGGAAUUGGAACACACGGGAUGCCGCCCUACCAGCUUCCCAUGGCUGCCGCUGCCCUCGUCGGCGUGGCAGGCAGCAUCCUUAUGCGCUUUGUGACGCGCGAAAAAGAGGGCAAGAUUAAGCUUCCCUCCACUGGCGAUGAUGCGCUCGGUUCUGAAGCAAAAGCGCACGACCCGUUCGACGUUGUGCUGCCCGAGGACCUCAUUGACGGAUAUCCGGUGGAGGAGGACGAGUAUUGGGCGCAGAUGCGCCUCUGGAAAGUCUCCAUCACCGCCAACCUCGUCGUCAUCCUCGCCCUCGAAACCGUCUCCCUCGGCUGGGCCGCCGCCGCCCUCUCCGGUCUCCCAACCGGGGGCGCAGGCACCGACCUCCUCCUCGUCUACCUCUUCCGCACCCUCUACGCCCUAUACACCGUCACCCUCGCCGCGGGCGCCGUCCCGCUCACCACCGUGCGCCUGCACCGGAACAGCGUCAUCCACCUCGCGGUGCUCACCGCGCUCGCCUUCGCCCUCCAAUUCGCCAUCUCCAUCCUCCCCAUCUCGGCUUUAUCGCCCGCCGGCUCGUCCGCAGGCGCACUCAGAGCGCUCUGGCACGCUACACUCGUGCUGUACGCGCUCAGCGCGGCGCUGAGCUGGACGAUUCCCACCGGCCCGCCGCUGCGCUUCCCGCCCGAACGGGUGUAUGCGCCCGCGACCAAUAGCAAGACAAGUAAUAAGAGUGAGGACAACGUCAGCGGGAGCACAGGCGCGUCCGUGCUCGACUUUAUAUUGUUCAGCUAUACGACGCGGCUCGUGCGGCUCGUGCAGACCGCGGAGUCGCUCGAGAUUGGCGAUUUGCCGAUUUUGCCGGCGAAUAUGCGCGCGACGUUUCAGUUCCAUCGGAUGCGCGAGCUGCUAAGGGUGUCGCCGAUUGUUACGCGGGGCAAGGGCAAGGGGGAUGGCAAGGACGGCGGGAAGAAGGGGACAAGACCGGGCUGGGGCCUCGCGUGGCGCGUGCUGCGCGUGAACGGUGUCGCGUUCGUCGCGGAGAUGAUUAUGACGGCGCUUGCGGCGCCGCUGUGGUUCGCGAGCCCUUUUUUCUUGCAGAAGUUGAUCGCGUACCUUGAGAGCGAUCCGGAGAGGCUGCAUACAGGGUGGGGAUGGGUGUAUGCGAUCGGGCAGCUGGUGUCGCUGUUGGUGGUGCAUAUGCUGGCCGCGCAGUUCUUCUCGCUCGCGACGGCGGUGAUCGCGAUUAGGAUCAAGGCGCAGCUGAACACGAUUCUGUUCGAGAAGACGCUUGUGAGGAAGGACAUUGUGUCGUCUGCUGGGUCGUCCGACUCCAAGGAGGACUCCAAGGAUGCGAAGGGCAAGAAGGACUCCAAGGACUCCAAGGACAAGAAGGCAAAGAAGAACAAGGACAAGGACGGGGACGAGGACGAGGAGGCCGAGUUCAGCAGCAAGGCGCAGGUGAUGACGCUCAUGACGACCGACGUCGACCGCGUCUCCGAGUUCUCGUUCUUUGUGUUUUCGCUCGUCGACUCCCCAAUAGAGCUCGUCGUCGGCACCCUGCUGCUCUACCGGCUCAUCGGCGUCUCGUGCUUCUGGGGCCUGCUCGUGAUCGUCGUCAUGUUCCCGUUCAACACGCUCGCGGGCAAAGUCGUCGUGCGCUUCCAGGACGAGCUGAUGAAGGCGAGAGACGAGCGUGUUGCGCUGAUGAAUGAGGUGCUUGGGGCUAUUAGGAUGUUGAAGUUCAUGGCCUGGGAACGCCCGUUCGAGAGCAGGAUUCUGAGAGUGAGAGAGCGCGAGCUGAAGUACCAGAAGCUCAACUACUGGCUCGAGGUAAUCUUUGCCGCCAUCUGGGACUCUUCGCCGCUGAUCGUCACCCUCGUCGCGUUCUGGCACUUUUCCGUCUGGCGCGGCGAGGCGCUCACACCGUCGAUCGCGUUCCCGACGAUCCUCGUGUUCCAGGAGAUGCGGUUCGCAUUCAACGCGCUGCCUGAGACGUUUGUCAACAUGCUGCAGUCCUUCGUCUCGCUCCGCCGCAUCGAGCAUUAUCUCGAGUUGCCGGAGAUCACGCCGGUGCCGCCGUUGGAUGUCGGUGGGGACGGGGCGGUGCAUGUGUUUGGGCCGCCCGGGGAAAGACAAGGCGAGGGUGUGGAGGGAGAGUAUGCGGUGGCGUGCGCGAGCGCGACGGUGACGUGGCCGCAGGACCGGAGCGGCCGAGGCGGGAAAAGCGGAGCGAGCACGCCGUUUGCGCCGUCGACGCCUGGGACGCCCGGUGGCGGGCAGCAGCAGGGCAAGUUCGUGCUGCUGGAUAUGGACCUGCGGUUCCCCGCGGGGGAGCUGUCGCUCGUGUGCGGGAAGCUCGGGAGCGGGAAGACGUUGCUGUUGCUUGCGCUGCUCGGUGAGGCGGACGUGUUGGCGGGGCAGGUGGUGUGUCCCCGGAGUCCGCCGGAUUCGUUGGCGGUGUAUGGGCCCAGUGGGGUAAAUAUGGAGGGCAGGGAGGGGGAGUGGGUUGUUCCAGGGAUGUGUGCGUAUGUGCCGCAGAGCGCGUGGCUCCGCAACGCGAGCAUCAAGGACAACAUCUUAUUCAGCCUGCCGUAUGACGAGGAGCGGUACCAGCGCACGCUCGAAGCGUGCGCGCUUAUCGCGGACCUCAACAUCCUCGAGGACGGCGACGAGUCCGAGAUCGGCGAGCGCGGUGUGAACCUCUCUGGCGGACAGAAGGCGCGUGUGUCGCUUGCGCGCGCGGUGUAUUCCCGCGCGUCCAUCCUGCUGCUGGACGACGUGCUCUCGGCGGUGGACGCGCAUACGGCGCACCACCUCUACCACGAGUGCAUCAAGGGCGAUCUGAUGCGGGGCCGCACGGUCGUGCUGGUGUCGCACCACGUGCAGCUGUGUUCGAGCGGCGCCGCGUACGUUGUCGCGCUGGAUAAUGGGCGGGUGGCGUUCGCGGGUGACAGGCAGGCGUUCCUCGGUACGAGUCUGCUCGGGGAUCUGGGCUCGUCUGGCGCGGAGGCGGAGGAGGAGGAGGAGAAGCUGGUGGAGGACAGCGAGAAUCUGCCGAGCGGGUCGACGCUGUCUGUGCUCAAGCACGUCGGCGAGUCGACGGACGUGGGCGCGCUUGCGUCCUCCCAGCAGGAGACCGAGGACCCGCCUUCCGAGACGAGCUCUACGGCGUUCACGGAGGACACGGCCAGUGCCACGGCCAACGGGACUCCCAACGGGAACGGUAAAGCGAAGCUCGAGCGGAAGCCUCCGCGCAAGCUCAUCGAGGAGGAGAAGCGCGCGGUCGGGCGGGUGAGCAAGGACGUGUGGGCGAUGUACGUGCGCGCGUGCGGGAAGCACUGGUACUGGUCCUGGUUCGCGCUCGUCCUCGUUCUCGCGGCGCUGUCGCCCAUCGCGGAGUCGUACUGGCUCAAGUCGUGGUCGGGCGCGCCGCCGGAGGAGACGGCGGAGAAGGGGCCGGUGUAUUAUAUUGGUGUUUAUGCUGCUCUGACGCUCGCGGGCGUGUUCUUGUCGACGUAUCGGUACUUUGUGCUUUACUCGGGCUCGAUUCAAGCGUCCACGGUGCUGUACAAACGCCUUCUCGAGUCCGUCCUGUUCGCCAACAUCCGCUUCCACGACACUGUCUCGCGCGGAAGGCUGCUCAACCGGUUCGGCAAGGACUUCGAAGGCAUCGACAGCAGGCUCUCGGACCACUUUGGGCGCAGCAUCAUUUUUGCGCUGGCGUUCACCACCAUUUUGGUGUCCAUCGCGUUCGCGGGCGGUAUCCCGUUCGUGCUUGCGGCGUUCGUGCUCGGAUAUUUCUGCUUCACUGUUGCCAAACUUUACAGCCAGGCAUCCCGUGAUAUGCGUCGUCUUGAUUCGGUUGCUCGUUCGCCGUUGUAUUCGCUGUACGGAGAGACCAUCGCUGGUGCGACGGUGCUUCGUGCGUUCGGCGCGUCAUCCAAGUUCUUGCGGGAUAUGUUGACCUGCGUUGAUACUCAAAUCAACCCUUCAUACUGGCAACUCGGCGUCAACCGUUGGAUCUCGGCGCGGUACGACCUCCUCGCAAGCGUGACUGUUGGCCUCGUGGGCAUUAUCGCCGUCAUGACGCCCAGCAUCUCCGCCGCGCUUGCGGGCUUCGCGCUCUCGUUCGCGACGCAGAUGACGCUCACGCUCCUCUUCCUCGUCCGGCGCUUCGUGGGACUCGAGCAGAGCAUGGUCGCGCUCGAGCGCAUCAAGGAGUACUCGGAGCUCGCGCAGGAGUCGCCCGAGUUCGUCGAGCCGCGCCCGGCCGCGAGCUGGCCCGACAAGGGCGCGAUCAAGUGCGAGGAUCUGGUCAUCAGAUACGCGCCGCAGCUGCCGAAUGUGCUGCAUAAUAUCAACUUUGAGGUGCGCCCGGGCGAGAAGGUGGGUAUUCUGGGCAGGACGGGAUCCGGCAAGAGCACGCUCGCGCUGUCGUUCUUCCGCUUUGUCGAGGCGACCGAAGGGCGGAUUCUCGUUGAUGGAGUCGAUAUCGGCAAGAUUGGUCUUACCGAUUUGAGGAGCAAGCUUACUAUCAUCCCUCAGGAUCCGACGAUUCUGAGCGGAACACUGCGGUCGACGUUGGACGUAUUCGACGAGUACGAGGACGCCGAGAUCUACGAGGCCCUCCGUCGUGUGCACCUUAUUCCAUCGUCCUCUGGCGAAAACACGGAGGCUCAGACGGACAUUGAAACUCCUGAGACCAUCAACGUGAACGUGUUCAGGAACCUCGAGUCUCCUGUCUCGGAAGGAGGCGAGAACUUCUCGACUGGCGAGAAGCAGCUCCUUUGCAUGGCACGCGCCAUCCUCAAGCGCUCCAAGGUGCUCGUCAUGGACGAGGCCACCGCGAGCGUCGACUACGCGACGGACGAGUUGAUUGGCAAGACGAUCAGACAGGAAUUCGCCAACAGCACGAUCCUCACCAUCGCUCAUCGCUUGAGAACGGUCAUUGACUAUGAUCGAGUUAUGCUCCUCGACCAAGGACGCAUCGUCGAAUUCGACAGUCCCGCAAUCCUCCUCGCAGAUCCGGAGAGCCAGUUCCACAGCCUGUGCAAGGCAACAGGCAAGAAUGAGUUUGCCACACUCAAAAGAAUGGCUGGCUUGUAGAGUGCCGUCGACUUGCUGUACAUACCACAGUUACUUUUAGAUAGAUUCUUUUUAUGAUUUAUUUGUUGGCUAGUGUAAUUACGCAUCCGCGGUGUUGAGAAAAUCAGCAAAGUCCUGCUGUAAUCUACAGUGUCUACAGAAUUCAGCUUUUCAGAGCAAUUAAUAAGUAAUGUCACGAGG